ACAGCGGAUCUCACAACAACCACAGCUACUCCCACAACAACCACAACUGCUCCAACAACAACCACAGAAUCUACCACAACAACCACAGUCGCCACCUCAAAAAUCACAGAAUCUCCCAAAGCAACCACAGCUGCUCUCACAACAACCACAGCUGCUCCGACAACAACCACAGCUGCUCUCACAACAACCACAGCUGCUCCCACAACAACCACAGCUGCUCCCACAACAACCACAGCUGCUCCCACAACAACCACAGCUGCUCCCACAACAACCACAGCUGCUCCCCCAACAACCACAGCUGCUCCCACAACAAACACAGCUAAUCCCACAAAAACCACAGCUGCUCUCACAACAACCACAGCUGCUCCCACAACAACCACAGCUGCUCCCCCAACAACCACAGCUGCUCCCCCAACAACCACAGCUGCUCUCACAACAACCACAGCUGCUCCCACAACAAUCACAGCUGAUCCCAUAUCAACAACAGCUGCUCACCCAACAACCACAGCUGCUCCCACAACAAUCACAGCUGAUCCCAUAUCAACAACAGCUGCUCACCCAACAACCACAGCUGCUCCCACAACAAACACAGCGGAUCCCACAACAACCACAGCUACUCCCACAGCAACCACAGUCGCCACCUCAAAAAUCACAGAAUCUCCCAAAGCAACCACAGCUGCUCUCACAACAACCACAGCUGCUCCGACAACAACCACAGCUGCUCUCACAACAACCACAGCUGCUCCCACAACAACCACAGCUGCUCCCACAACAACCACAGCUGCUCCCACAAAAACCACAGCUGCUCUCACAACUGCUACGACAACAGCCCCAGAUGUUCCAACAACAAUCAUAUCUACUCCAACAUCAACCACAGCUUCUCCCACAACAAACACACCGGCUCCCACAACAACCCCAAAUGAUCCCACAACAUCAACAGCUGCUCGCACAACAACCACAGCAGUUCCCACAACAACCACAGCUAUUCCCACAAUAACCACAGCUUCUCCAACAACAACCACAACUGCUCCAACAACAACCACAGCUGCUCCAACAACAACCUCAGAAUCUACCACAACAACCACAGUCUCUGCCACAACAACCACAGCUGUUCCCACAACAACCACAGCUGCUCCCACAACAAUCACAGCUGAUUCCAUAUCAACAACAGCUACUCCCACAACAACCACAGCUGCUCCAACAACAACCACAGAAUCUACCAUAACAACCAAAGUCGCCACUUCAAAAAUCACAGAAUCUCCCACAGCAACCACAGCUGCUCUUACAACAACCACAGCUGCUCCCACAACAACCACAGCAGCUCACACAACAACCACAGCUGAUCUCACAACAACCACAGCUGCUCUCACAACAACCACAGCUGCUCCCACAUCAACCACAGCUGCUCCCACAUCAACCACAGCUGCUCCCACAACAACAACAGCUGCUCCAACAACAGCCACAGCUAAUCCCGCAGCAACGACAGCUACUUACACAACAUUCUCAGGUGUUCCCACAACAACCACAGCUGAUCCCACAAAAACCACAGCUGCUCCCACAACAAACACAGCGGCUCCCACAACAAACACAGCUGCUCCCACAACAACCACAGCUGCUCCCACAACAACCACAGCUGUUGCCACACAAACCACAGCUGCUAUGACAACAACUCCAGAUGUUCCAAAAACAACCACAUCUGCUUCAACAACAACCACAGCUUCUCCCACAACCACCAUACAAGCUCCAGCGACAACUACAAUGGGGGCUACAACAACCACAGAUGCUCCCACAUCAACGACGUGUUCCAACAGCAAUGACAGCUGCUCCAUCAAAAACCUCAGAAUCUCCCACAACAACCACAGAUGCACCCACAACAACCACAGUUGCUCUUACAACAACCACAGCAACUUUCACAACAAUCACAGCUGCUCCCACGACAACCACAGCUGCUCCAACAACAACCACAACCGCUCGCACAACAACCACAUCCUUCCCCACAACACCCACAUCUGCUCCCACAACAGCCACAGCAGCUCCAAAGACAACUACAACUGA